AUGUCUGUUAAUAAUAAAUAUGAAAGUCCUUUAACAUCUCGAUAUGCUUCACCAGAAAUGGCGGCGCUUUUUUCUCCAGCUAAUCGUUGUUACAUUUGGAGAAAACUUUGGUUGAAAUUAGCUAUAGCUGAAAAAGAGUUGGGCAUACCUGGCAUUACUGAAGAUGCCAUUCAAGAAAUGGAAGAACACUUGACUUUAACCGAAGAAGAUUUUAAAGUAGCAGCAAUAGAAGAGAAAAAACGUCGUCAUGAUGUUAUGGCACAUGUUCAUACAUUUGGUUUAGUUGCACCAAAAGCAGCUGGAUAA